AUGGUAAGUUUUCUACGAAUUUUCGAUAUUACAUUAGGUUUGAAGGCUGUCGAAGACUUGUUUGCCUUGUUAGAUCUCAUUGGUAUUCUUGAUGAGAUAUUAUCUCAUAUUAUUGUUAAAAAGAUCAUAAACUAUCUAAAGAACCAAGGAAUGUCCAAAAAAACUCACAAUUUUUAUGAGAUACAGUUGUUUUUUUCGAUAAUUAACAAUGAUGGGCUUUGUUUUAGAUGCCCCGAUCGAGACGCGGAUUCCAGGCCGCAUCGGCCGCCAAUCCCGAACGAGUCCGAACCCAUCUUUUGUUCUCCUCCCAACCUGAACAUCACACUGCCAAAAGGAAACGGCGGCCGCACAGUGAGCUCAUUUAUUUAUUUCUUUUGUUUGUAGGUAUUGAUGAGUAAGGCGGAUUUGCUAAAUGAUGAUAAUUUUAAGAGAAGAGGUAACGGUGAAGUUAAAGUAAAUGUGUAUGAAGGUUAUGUAUUGUUUUUAGAGAAUUGAAUUGUCAACAAUACUAUCCUUUGCUCAAAAUGACAGCCCAAAAAACCUAUCGCAAUAUAAAAUUACGAAACUUUUGAUAUUUUCAGACAAAUUCCAAUCAGUUCACAAGAAAGAUGAGAUGAUACAGGCCAAUCCAGAUGAUCUGGACCCAACGGCAUGGACUGGAAAUCAACGGGUUUUACACUUCGGCCCUAUGGCCAACAGGGAUCCAUUCUUUUAUUAUUACCCAAAGGGUUGGGACAUUUUAUACCCGGCACAGUUUGGCUUCUUUCCUUAUAGAACGAGGUAAAAAUUGUGAUUUAAAAGCUUUAACAUUUAAAAGUAAUUAAAUUUUGAGUUAAUUUUAAUAUUUUACAUACUAUAACAUACUGUAAUUUUACAGAAAGUUCCGUGGUAACUCAGUAACGGUAUGUGUAUGGGCGUUUGGAGUAUUUUUGCUGUUUGGAGGUGCUUUAAUGUCAUAUUUUGGGUAUUUUGUGAUACAUGACACUCCGUUCUGGAUGUGGAAGAAGAAAAGUACAGCACAAAUACCUCCAGUUCAAGUGGCAGGGCCUAUAAUGCUGGUCAUUGGGAUUUUACUGGUGCUAAUUGGACUAAUAUGUUCUAUUUGUACUUCUGAGGUUAGUUUUUUGUAAAUUUAUGAUUGAAAUUGAUUGAAUUUUUUUUAAAAUACGAAAUUUUGAAAAAAUUUCAAUUUUUAUGGUUUAAAAUUGAUUUUUUAAAAUUUUUAAAUGAUUUCUUUUAGUUUUUAAACGAAAAAAUCCGUCAUUAUCACCAUCGAGGGCAGCCAGCUUCUGUUACUGUCUAUACAACUCAUAUUGAGGUAAGUAGAUAUUGCUUUAAGGCGGGACAGGCUAUUUUCGCUGGUCUUUCUCGGCCUGAUUGAACAUAAUAUAUUUGUCAUUAGAACUCUUGGCUGCUCAUACGUAUGGGCGAUUUUUUUGUAUUACAACUUAUGACAAUAUAUUUCAGCAACCAAAAGCAGUGUACGAAAAAAAUCCAUAUCAACCACUACCUCCACCUGCUUAUCCAGUGCUAGAGAACAAGUAUGCUCACAGUUCUGGGUGGAAUCCCUAUGCGGAGCUUAAGCUAUUUCCUCCUGUGUAAGUAUUUUUUGGGCAGGGGUUUGUUUUAGGCUUAAAUGACUUCUUUAGGCUUAAUUUUUAAGUUUAGGCUUAAUAUUGAAAUUUAGGCUUAAUAUUGAAAUUUAGUCUUCAUAUUGAAAUUUAGGCUUAAUUUUGAGGUUUAGGCUUAAUUUUGAAGUUAGGCUUAAUAUUGAAAUUUAGGCCUAAUUUUGCAAUUUAGGCUUAAUAUUGAAGUUUAGGCUUAAUUUUGAAAUUUAGGCUUAUAUGGGUUUUUAUAUCUAAUUAAGCAAUUUUCUUCAUGAAAUUAGGCUUAUAUUUACUUUUAGGCUUAAUUUUGUGGGAUUUACUGUCAGUUUUUACUAACUGUUAACAAUUUUAGUAUGCCAGGGUAUUCGACUUUGUCAUUACAUGGAGAACAUCAAAAUCAUGGCAAUUCUCCAUCAGUAUUUGUUGCCAGUCCCUACAAUACCCUCAGGGCCAUGUCGGCUAAUCGGUAGGCUUUACUAUAUACUCUGCCCUACAGUAUCUUACUCUAUUCUCUUCUUAUUUACUCUAUCCUACUCUAUUUUACUCUACUAUAACAUAUCGAUAUGCCCUACCCAGUCCACCAUAAAAAAAUUUGUAUCUCAUGCUUUUUCAGAUUCCCAGUAUCAGCGGAGCCUCUCCAGAAUCCGAACGUAGCCGGAAUGCAUUUCGAGAAUGCCUCCACGAUAAGUGGUAGUGUUGGCAGUCGGCGACAGUCGAUGGCUUCGAAUGCCCAACGAAGGGCUAAGUCCGUCGGCCAAAUGCCAAAAUCACGCGAAUCUUCGGUCUCAAGACGUUUUCGAGAAAUGUCACAAAACAAUUGA